CUUCUGAACACUCACACACCUCCAUGGACUAAAUUGUACAGAAGAACCACAAAACAACCAUUAUAGUACACGUGAGCGGGCUAUGCAUUCAUCAGACAGAUAAUUUGUUCACUUUCAAUCAAAGCAGCCUGCACCGAGACACACUGGAACGUACUUUUUUUUUUAUUUAUUGCAAAAUCUCCUGCAAAAAAAACAGCAACUUCGGAGUGAUCGUAUUGGAUUAGAUGCAUGUCACUGAUUCCCUGCCUUUUGUAGGAUAAGGCAAGGAGCGACGCACACCCGGCAGAGGGGAUAUAACGGAAUAAAGCGAGUGAAAAGACAAGCAAAAGAAAGAAAAAAGUUGCAUUGCCUGGUGUCCACGCAUCGUCAUGCCGAGGUACAACUUCUUACUGUGCUUGAUGGUGCUCAUCUCCCUGGGACAGUCGGGGAGCGAUGAACCCAAUCUGCUGCUGCCUUCUGCCAGCGAGACGCCUACGGAUGCCGGACUGUCCCUGCUGGACGAGGACGCCGGUUCUCACGAGUGCUCCGCCUGCGUUUGGAGGGAGCAGAGCAAAGUGCUGAGACUAGAGACCAUCAAGUCCCAGAUCCUGAGCAAGCUGCGCCUGAAGCAGGCGCCUAACAUCAGCCGGGAGGUGGUCAAUCAGCUGCUGCCCAAGGCGCCUCCGCUCCAGCAGCUCCUGGACCACCACGACUUCCAGGGAGACGCGUCGUCCCAGGAUGAGUUUAUGGAGGAGGAUGAGUACCACGCCACCACGGAGUCCGUGAUCACCAUGGCCUCUGAGCCGGAGCCCCUGGUGCAGGUGAACGGGAAGCCGAGUUGCUGCUUCUUCAAGUUCAGCCCCAAACUGAUGUUCACCAAGGUGCUGAAGGCCCAGCUGUGGGUGUACCUGCGGCCGCUGCAGCAGACCUCCACCGUCUACCUGCAGAUCCUCCGGCUGAAGCCCGUCACGGAGCAGGGCAGCCGCCACAUCCGCAUCCGCUCCCUCAAGAUAGAGCUCAACUCCAGGGUCGGCCACUGGCAAAGUAUUGACUUUAAGCAUGUGCUGCAGAACUGGUUUAAACAGCCCCACACCAACUGGGGAAUCGAUAUCAAUGCCUUUGAUGAGAGCGGCAAUGACCUGGCAGUUACCUCGCUGCGACCCGGGGAGGAGGGACUGCAGCCGUUCCUGGAGGUGAAGGUUCUUGAGACGACCAAACGCUCUCGGAGAAACCUCGGCCUAGACUGCGAUGAGCACUCCACCGAGUCUCGUUGCUGUCGCUACCCCCUGACUGUGGAUUUCGAGGCAUUCGGCUGGGACUGGAUCAUUGCCCCCAAACGAUACAAAGCCAACUAUUGCUCUGGCCAGUGCGAGUACAUGUUCAUGCAGAAAUACCCGCACACCCAUUUGGUGCAACACGCCAAUCCCAGAGGCUCUGCAGGGCCCUGCUGUACCCCAACCAAGAUGUCCCCCAUUAACAUGCUCUACUUCAAUGACAAGCAACAGAUCAUUCAUGGCAAAAUCCCAGGGAUGGUGGUGGAUAGAUGUGGCUGCUCUUAGGCUGCAGGGGAGAUGCACACUUGUGUACAGCCACCAUCGCAUCGAACCACCCAAAACCCUUACGGAGCUCUCCCCUGGCACCAGAACCCACUCCUCGGCACCAGAUUUCCCUUUUGCCCGGCUGCAAAAUCAACCCACUGGGUUUCCAUUUUUCCAGUAAUUAAAUUGAUUCUAACUGUAAAAAAAAAAAAAAAGUUAUAAAUGAAACAUGAAUCAAAAAAGGGACUGAGUGAUGGAAAUACAGUACAUUAUGAAUGAUUUAAAGAGGUUGUCCAUGUGGAGCAGCUUCAGAAAAUGGUAAAUGAGACAAAACUAUGUUAUAGAGUACGUGUUAGUUUUGUGGGUUUUUAAAGUUUUAUGUUGUUUUGUUUUUUUGUUUUGUUUUUUUAAUGGCAUCUUUGUGAAAUGUCCAGGUGAGUGGAUUGAGAUGACAGGAGACAUAAGCAUUUACAAUAUUUUUAAAGCUAUUUCAGUCCUAAGGUGAGUUUGGGAAUACUUAAUUUCACAGUUAAGCUUACUUACGGGUGAGAUUUGAUCCACAAAAAAUGUUUGCAAGGGGGCAUGACCAGAAUUAUUUUUGCAAUCCAUCACUUUAACAAAAAGAACUAAACCCAUGCUAACGUGAGAGGGGUUUACCAUUAGAAAGAAUACACUAAGAUACACAAAGAUACACUCUUAGUAUAAAUCCAAAAUCUUGUUUACAGAUGUUUAGAGAUGUGCUCUAGAGAUGUAAAGUGUUGAGGAGAUCCAAAACCAAACCUAUACCCUCUAUUAAUGUAUAACACCCCAGUGUGACAUUCUCGAGUAUCUACGAAACCUUUCACAGUUACUUUGAUCUUUUUUUAUUUGGAGUCUUGUAAAACUCGAAAAGGAAAAGGGAGAGAGGUGGUUGUGUUAUUUUAACUUCGCUUUUCAAAGUGGAUAAAUAAAGUCAGUAUAGCUAUUUCUGCCAUUCUACUAAAGUAGAUAUGACAUAUUUAGGUUCCACUUCAACACUAAAGCCCAAAACUCUGAAGUCUAAAGUACUGUAAUGUAGAUGCACUCUGAAGUCAUUCGGCACCACCUGGGAGAGGAGGAGGAGCAGGAUCCUGCAGGAUGACAAGAACCUGACACAUUUUCUUUCUUCUACGUGACAAAAGGAAAAUACACUUUAACACCCUCAGCUUUUACAUGAAAUGUUUAAAACAGCAAAGUAAAUGCACUGUUUCAUAACUUGAAGAGGCCUGGGACUGAGCAUGUAAUAACCAACAGAGAGCAAAAUCCAUACCCUGAAAUAAAACACACAAGGCUGACAAUAAUGCUCAAAUGUUCACUCUGCUGUGAGCUGAAAAUAGCACAAACCAGUGUUACAGUAUUAUGACUACAAGUUUACACACUUGUGUUUGCAUCUGUGUUAAAUAAUUUGCUUAAAUUUAGAAAGAGCUGUAGCUUCAUCUUAUCGAGCCAGUUCAUUCACUUUUUCUCAAGACUAGUUUCAGAAGAGAUAACAAAAAUGCAAAAUCCUUUAACUGCAGUACUGUACUCAGACAUAAUAGCUUUUAUAAAUCACAACAAACCACUUAACACGUGCAAAUCAAGAGAAUGUAACUCAACCACUGACUUUAGUUUAGAGAGCAUAUUUGAUUGGUUUUUGAAAUGCCCCCACCCACCUCUGUGGAGCUAACUCCGGUCCAGAAGUUUGAUCAUUUGAAAAAGGAGAUUGUUAUUGAAAAACUAAACUUUGAAACAGAAAAUUAGAUUUAGAUCUUGAAAUUUGAGAAAUACAACAAUGUAUUCAAACCAAUACUAUACAGUAUGUGGGAGAUCUUUAUCAGGCUAGCCAUGAUGCCACAUCCUACACACCAGAUCGAGGCCAAAAAUAUGAAACUGAAAACUACAAUCUGAAAGUAAAACAAAAAUUCUGAAUAUUAAAAAAAAUAAUUAAUAAAUAAAAAAAGGUCUACAUCUGAAAACAUAAAAACUGUAACUGAAAAAUGAAGACCUCAAAUAUCAAAAUAUAUAUAUAUGAAAGUAACAAAUUGAAAAAUGAAUAAAAGAAUUCCAGAACCGAAUGAAAACUAUAUUUAACCUGUAAAAGUUGUUGUUUAAUUACAACUUUUUUUUCAAAUUACCAAAAGUUUUGUCCCUGAUUUAGUUCCAUACACCUUCACCUCAACCGUACCGCUCAUUAUCAUAAAAUAUUGUUAGUGCUUGAACACACAGUAGAUUAGAAACGCUUGAAGUCUGUCUUUGUCUCCUGGAUGUCAAAGCAAAGAUAUCAUUUUGUUGUAAACGAAAGCACUAUGCUGUUGGAUAAAGGAAGAGCCUUCUGACAUUAUAUAUAAAUGAUAUAUGUAUAUAUUUAAAAAAAAAAAAAAAAAAAAAAAAAAAAGGGGUACAAAAACCUUUUUUGGGGCACUCUACCUUACCAACAAUAAAUUUUGCACUAUGGGACGUUCAUGGCGUGAGGAGGUAAAGUGUUGUUUGUGUUUUACUAAGCACAAGAGAGCUUGUACAGUAUAGGAUUAAGAAAAAAAACUAUUCAAGCUUCUGGUGAUAAACCAUGAACUAGAGAGGUUAUCACUUCUUUUGAUACCAUCAUGCUUUCCUGACUUUUGUCUGAAGCGGGGGCCUGUCCAUACACUCACACACUUUUAUCCAAUCUGGAACCUGGACGUACUGUACCAGUGGCCUGAAAGGCCUCCUUGCCCACUUUGGGUGAUAAGUCAUGUGAAUAAUAAGUGUCUGGAUCAAUGAAAAUAGAAUGCUUUAACUGGAAAUGGCCCGCCCACCAACUUUAAUCUGUUACCAUGUUAGAGAGACUGCGUCCUUUUGACUUAAACAAUGUGUCGACUGUCUUGCAUAGACAUGUUUUUGCCUUUUGUGUGUGUUUUAAGUGAAAGCACCCAUGUAAGAAUGGGAGGAGUAUCCAGGGAUUGUUAGCCAAAGUAGAGGAUGACAUGUUGUGUGCUGUAACUUUUGUGAUCGCAGGAAUAUGCUAGAACAUUUCAAAGGGAGGAAAAAGCUGGUUUAGGGGCAGUGGUUGGAAAUAAUUCAACUGGUCAAUUAUCUAUUUAUUAAUAUAAUUACAAUGCAUUUCAAAGUCUGUCUACCUCACUUUAGCCUCCUAAAAAAACUUGCUUUUUUUAAUUUGUCAUCGAUUAAUCUGUGCAAACAUAUAACCCAUAAGAACCCCCUCCCCCCCUCAAAAAAAAUGUAGAUGAAAACCACAGGGUCCCCUUGCUCUCAGGUUCAGAUUGAGUUAUUGACAGAGUGACUGAUGGUAGCGGCUCUGGUAAUGUGUGGUCAAAAGAAAUAAUUAGCUGUGCCCACAUCUAUGACUUGUUGAGAAGUUGCAUUUUGAAUUUUAGUGUUUGUAUACUGGUAUGUGUGAGAGUGUUUUCAUAUAAAUAUAUGAGAGUAAGAAAUCUCUAUGUAAAUACCUACCCAGAUGAUGAUGAUGUUUUGGACAGGUUCACCGCUUCUCAUGUUUUUCUCACUUUCCCCCAUCAUUCCUCCGUUCUUUGUGUAGUUUAAGAAAAAAAUCACCCCAACUUUGUAGUUUAAUGGUUGUGCAUAUGAAUAACUGUUCAAUUGUUAUUUUUUGCCUUUUGUUGUUUAUUUACUGUCAUUUUUCUUUUGUACAAUAAAUCAUUUAUUUAGCUUA